CCAGUCAGAUCCUACUCCGCGCUCAGCCUAGGCUGGUAAGGGAGUCCAUCGGUACCUCUGCCGCUGGAGCCACGUUCGUGGGAGCUGCGGUGGCUUAGGAUACCGACCGGAGAAUGAGAUGUGACCCCUCCAAGUUCUCAUUGCCCUCCCUGGCGCUCUCUUCUUCCACUUUAAAGCGUUUAUUGGACAGCGGGCGCUAGCCUCGAUCUUCGAAGAGAGGAGCGGCGACUAGGCGCACAGCCCAACAGAAGUUGGGCAGCGCAGGGCAGCUGUGAUCCAGCUGCCCGAGCGGGGUGGGUUAGGAGACCCGGAGAGACAGGCGCAGUAAGGGUUCUCUAUCUGGGCUAAGAAGGGGCUUGAAUUUGUUCUUUCUCUCCCCUGGCCCCGGGGCGCGGGGCAGUGGGAGAAAUGCUGAGCCCGCGCCCAGGCGAUCGCCGCCGCGGCAGCAGCCUCAGCAGCAGCCUCAGCAUCAGCACCGGCGGGACAGCGACAGCGGGGGCGGCGCAGGCGCACUGUGCCCGGCGGAGCCUGCAGUUCCCGAGCCCCGUGUGCGGCACCGCCACAGUCUGGGCAGCGGCGGCCGGGGGAGCGCUACUACCAUGAACUGCCUGGUCCUCCUCCCCAGAGCUGCUCAUCCGGGUCGGGCUGGAGACACAGUCAGGGGACCCCGCCGCCGCCGCCGCGCCCCCUCUUCUUUCGGAUCCAUCUCCUCCACCUUUUCCUCCUCUUCCUCCACCUUCUCUUCCUGCUUCCCCCCCUCCCCCGCCGCGGAUCCUGGCCGCCGCUCUCCAGACCCAGGAUGCCGGGGGGCAAGAGAGGGCUGGUGGCACCGCAGAACACAUUUUUGGAGAACAUCGUCAGGCGCUCCAGUGAAUCAAGUUUCUUACUGGGAAAUGCCCAGAUUGUGGAUUGGCCUGUAGUUUACAGUAAUGACGGUUUUUGUAAACUCUCUGGGUAUCAUCGAGCUGACGUCAUGCAGAAAAGCAGCACUUGCAGUUUUAUGUAUGGGGAAUUGACCGACAAGAAGACCAUUGAGAAAGUCAGGCAGACUUUUGACAACUACGAGUCAAACUGUUUUGAAGUUCUUUUGUACAAAAAAAACAGGACCCCUGUUUGGUUUUACAUGCAAAUUGCACCAAUAAGAAAUGAACAUGAGAAGGUAGUCCUGUUCCUGUGCACGUUCAAGGAUAUUACGUUGUUCAAGCAGCCGAUAGAGGAUGAUUCAACAAAAGGUUGGACAAAAUUUGCCCGAUUGACAAGGGCUUUGACAAAUAGCCGAAGUGUUUUGCAGCAGCUUACGCCAAUGAAUAAAACAGAGGUGGUCCACAAGCAUUCAAGAUUAGCUGAAGUAAGUGUGAAACUGACUGGGCUUCCCAAGGUGGUAGUGUUGGGAAUCAGCAGCCUCUUCAGUUCUUUGAAAGUGGUGCGUCUUUUACGCCUGGGCCGUGUGGCCAGAAAACUGGACCAUUACCUAGAGUACGGGGCGGCAGUCCUCGUGCUCCUGGUGUGUGUGUUCGGACUCGUUGCCCACUGGUUGGCCUGCAUAUGGUAUAGCAUUGGAGACUACGAGGUCAUCGACGAAGUCACCAACACCAUCCAGAUAGACAGUUGGCUCUACCAGCUGGCCUUGAGCAUCGGGACUCCCUACAGGUACAAUACCAGCGCAGGGAUAUGGGAAGGAGGACCCAGCAAGGACUCACUGUACGUGUCCUCUCUCUACUUUACCAUGACAAGCCUUACAACCAUAGGAUUUGGAAACAUAGCUCCUACCACAGAUGUGGAGAAGAUGUUUUCAGUGGCCAUGAUGAUGGUUGGCUCUCUUCUUUAUGCAACUAUUUUUGGAAAUGUCACCACAAUUUUUCAGCAAAUGUAUGCCAACACCAACCGAUACCACGAGAUGCUGAAUAAUGUUCGGGACUUUCUGAAGCUCUAUCAGGUCCCCAAAGGCCUUAGUGAACGAGUCAUGGAUUAUAUUGUUUCAACAUGGUCCAUGUCAAAAGGAAUUGACACAGAAAAGGUCCUCUCCAUCUGUCCCAAGGACAUGAGAGCUGAUAUCUGUGUUCAUCUAAACCGGAAGGUUUUUAAUGAACAUCCUGCUUUUCGAUUGGCCAGCGAUGGGUGUCUGCGAGCCUUGGCAGUAGAGUUCCAAACCAUUCACUGUGCUCCUGGGGACCUCAUUUACCAUGCUGGAGAAAGUGUGGAUGCCCUCUGCUUUGUGGUGUCGGGAUCCUUGGAAGUCAUCCAGGAUGAUGAGGUGGUGGCUAUUUUAGGGAAAGGUGAUGUGUUUGGGGACAUCUUCUGGAAGGAAACCACCCUUGCUCAUGCAUGUGCCAACGUCCGAGCCUUGACGUACUGUGACCUGCACAUCAUCAAGCGAGAAGCCUUGCUCAAAGUCCUCGACUUUUAUACGGCUUUCGCAAACUCCUUCUCGAGGAACCUCACUCUUACUUGCAAUCUAAGGAAGCGGAUCAUCUUCCGUAAAAUCAGCGAUGUGAAGAAGGAGGAGGAGGAACGCCUCAGGCAGAAGAACGAGGUGACUCUCAGCAUCCCCGUGGACCACCCAGUCAGGAAGCUCUUCCAGAAGUUCAAGCAGCAGAAGGAGCUGCGGAAUCAGGGCUCCACGCAGAGUGACCCCGAGAGGAGCCAGCUCCAGGUGGAGAGCCGCUCCUUACAGAACGGAGCCUCCAUCACUGGCACCAGCGUGGUGACCGUGUCGCAGAUUACUCCCAUCCAGACGUCUCUGGCCUAUGUGAAAACCAGUGAAUCCCUCAAGCAGAACAACCGCGAUGCCAUGGAACUCAAGCCCAAUGGUGGUGCUGACCCCAAAUGUCUCAAAGUCAACAGCCCCAUACGAAUGAAAAAUGGAAACGGGAAAGGGUGGCUGCGGCUCAAGAACAAUAUGGGGGCCCAUGAGGAGAAGAAGGAAGACUGGAAUAACGUCACCAAAGCUGAGUCCAUGGGGCUACUGUCCGAGGACCCCAAGGGCAGCGACUCAGAGAAUAGUGUGACCAAAAACCCAUUACGGAAAACGGAUUCUUGUGACAGUGGAAUUACAAAAAGUGACCUUCGUUUGGAUAAGGCUGGUGAGGCCCGAAGUCCCCUGGAGCACAGUCCCAUUCAGGCUGAUGCCAAGCACCCCUUUUAUCCUAUCCCUGAGCAGGCCUUACAGACCACGCUGCAGGAAGUCAAACAUGAACUCAAGGAGGACAUCCAGCAGCUAAGCUGCAGAAUGACUGCCCUGGAAAAGCAGGUGGCAGAAAUCUUAAAAAUACUGUCAGAAAAAAGCGUACCCCAGACUUCUUCUCCCAAAUCCCAAAUGCCACUCCAAGUACCUCCCCAAAUACCCUGUCAGGAUAUUUUUAGUGUUUCAAGGCCUGAAUCACCUGAAUCUGACAAAGAUGAAAUCCACUUUUAAUAUAUACAUAUACAUAUAUAUUUGUUAAUAUAUGAAAACAGUAUAUACAUCUAUAUACAUAUGUGUGUAUAUACAGUAUAUACAUAUAUAUAUAUAUAUAUUUUCACUUGCUUUCAAUAUGAUGAACACAAUAUGGAUUUUGAUAUGUACAUAUUGCAUGUCCAGCUGGAUUCUGGCCUGCCAAAGAAGAUGAUUAUUAAACAUAGAUAUUGCUUGUAUAUUAUGCAGUUGACUGCAUGCACACUUUACAUUGACAUUUAUUUAUAUCCUCUAUUCUGUAAUUUUAAAAUGUAUGAUUUUUUUUUUGUUAACUAAGGCAAUGUAAUAUUUGAAGAAUCAGGGUCCAACCUGCCAAUGUUGCCAUGACAAAUUUGAUCUCAGGCUGAGUAUAUCAAGCUAUCAUUUCUUCAAUGUUAUGUUAAGUUAAAUUAUAGACUAAUGCCAAGGAAGUACCAUUUUAUGAUCUCUUUCCAUAGAUAUUUUUCUGUAACUUAGUGUUAGAUUAUUUUCCCCUCCAUUUAAAUACUGUUUUAUUGCCUACGUCGGAUAGCAGUGUGGGGUAUUGAGAACUUAUUGCUAUGGGUUUUGUGCAUGAAUUGCAUUUUCACUCAACUAUACCUCUCCUUUUUUAACGUUAUACUUAGAUAGUAAUCAUUAGCUCUUCUGUAAGGAAAUCCCUACUGCCUCCGUCUUGGAGAACAGCCGCCAUCUUGUAAGCUGACAUUAUCAAUACCAUAAACACUCAACUACUCAUAUAGUGUAUAUUAUUAUAAAAAUACUGCACCACAGGGUAUAAGGGCCUUUUGAUAAUUCAUGUUAGAGAUGCCAAUUUUCCAAAGGUGAUGAAUGUUCUACAUUUGUAUUUUUAAAACUUGUUCAAGGGUGUGAGGUUGAAAGGUUCCUUAGCAAAAUAACAUACAAAAAAAUUAUGUAAGUGUAUGAAAAACUUACCUAUUAUGAUACAGAAUUUAAAAAAAAAUAAUGUACAUUGAUAAACAUGUUCUGUUGUGUAUCUGGAACUAAAAAAGAAUGUCACAUGAUUGCUGACACAUGAUUCUGACUGUAGAGAUGUCACAAGAAAUGUGGAAACCAGCAACCAAUGGAGAGAGAGAUGUUAAGUUGUUCAACUCAGAUAACUGCUUUUCUAUGAUUUUUUCUGGUUCCAGUUUUGUAAAGCCUUUUUGCACACAGUUUACUGCUGGAUUCCUGCUGAGUUGAUACAAUAGACUACCAUGGCUCAGGCAGAUCCACUUACAAAAUGGAGGUAACUAAAGACUGAAUGUCAUUGUCUUUGGGGUCGCAAAUCCUCUUCUUAGAAAGUGCCUAUUAUCAACUAAAAAAGAAGUAACAAAGAGUUGUGUUGUCUAUAGCUAGUCUUUCCAGUGAAAUAGAAUACACAUUCCUUUGUAAGAACCCAUGAGAAUUUGUUUCUUUCAACUGAAGUACAUUUUUUGAAGAUGUUCAGAAAGGUAUUCUUUUCAAUUAGUGCAUGCAUGGCAUUUAAUAUUGGGAGCAGGGGAGUUAAGUAAUGAGUAUCAAGUUGAAAAUAUAUAUCAGUAAUUUGUAUAUCAUGGGACCAUCUGUACAUAUAUGUUGACAUAUAAGAUGAUGGCAGAAUCAAAAGAAAUAUUUUGGUUUAUUAUACCCAUUUUUUUAUGAGCUUUUGUAAUUAUCUUCCAGUUUCCCCAGUCAAAUCUAUUAGAACUGAAGGACAAGUUAUCAUCAUUAGACUGGAGAAGUGUGAAACAGUAAUUUAUUUUAAAAUGUUGCUAUUUUAAAAUUUAUGUUUGAAUUUCUUUAUGAAUCCUGAGGUGUGCCUGCUUAGGAGUCUCAAAACAUGUGUUAAAUACCAUAGCUUCUAUCUUUCUUUUAUUUGUGCAAAUAACUUCCAUUUCCCAUGAUGGAAGUUUUCAGGGGAACAUAUUUCCAUGCUAUGCUAUGCUACAAUAUCUACCUACCAUAGGCACAAAUAAUAAUAAUUAUUGUUGUGGAAUCAGUCUUGGAAUCAGCCUUGAAAUUGAGAUUUUUUUUUCAUAGUGAGGCUAGUACUUUUUUCUUGACCUUUGAUGUUCAUUGAAUUUCAGGGUAACUUUUUGUUUGUUUAAGUCAAGUUUAGCUAAAGUUUUUAAAGAUGAAUGAGUACUAAAAACAAUUUGAGUACAGAAAUUGUUAGCUUUAAUCACGUGCUUGAAAAAUAAUAGUCAAUGUAAACUGUAAGAGAAUGACUGUGAAAUAGCAGGAUGAUUUGAAGUUGCCAGCUACACCUUUGCAAACGGAUGCAAAUAUUUGUUGCAUUCUGACAUUGACUCAGUUUUAUCUAACUAACCUAUAAUAUUAGUCAUGUUGUAUUCUCUAUCUAAAUAUAUUUUUCAUACAGGUGGGAAAGAAACAGUGGUUUUGAGCUACUCCAGGCUGUCAGUAAGGGGGAAUGCAUCAACUGUUUAUUUAUGGUGCAGUUAUCACGGUAUUCUUUUUCAGACAUCUCAGUCCUCUGUGUGCAUGUCAUGAUGCGGUGCUGAAUGCACUCUGCUGUUUUCAGCAGGAACGCAUGUAUUCAGCAAACAUUGUAUAUAGAGUAGUUUUUAGGUUCCCAGGCUUCACAAUUCUUCACAGUAGCAUUUACUCCAAUUUGAAUAAAUGGUAAACACUUGCUUUAAUACAUGCAAUAAUCAUGAUACAAUCAAGUUCUGCGUCGCCUCAACCAGCAUAUGGACAGUUGAGGCUUUAUGGGGGACCAAACCACUGCAUGUUUUAUUCCUACACUGUAUAGCUGCUCUUGGUGCAUCCAGAGUAAAAUUUUUACUAUUAUACUUCUGAACAAUGUACUAAUAAGAGUAAAUGGAUAUGUAUUUAAAAUCCAAACAUUUUUCCAAAGCAGCAUACACAUCUUCAAUACUUUUCUAUGAUGCUAUUAGUAUAGAAGAUCAGAUGCUGUAUCCUGAACAGGUGGUUGUAACAUAACAGCAAAAGUCAAAUGAAAUUGGAAAUGUGAACUUUGUAUCAUAACAGCAAGUUUUAUCAUCAAGUGUAUCAAGAUAGUGUUGCAUUAUAUGUGAUCCAGUAUAUGAAGAACUAACAAUAAAAGGCAAAUAGAAAUCCAAAAGGUCAAUGACAAUACCAAAGCUUCUGGCAUCCCACACUGAUGUGAAUGGUACUUAAAACUGUUCAGGCAAGAUGAUUGAAUAUAGACUCCUACUUUAACAGUUAAAAUGGAAAAAAAAAUUAUUAUGACACUGGUUUCAUCUCACAUGAGUACAGGAGUAUAAAUAUUCUAAGUAUUAAGAUAAAAACCAAACAACCAACUUAGUGUGGAUCACAGGACAGAACAUUUGAAACCUGGAGUUGAAAAUUCUCCCUAGGACCAAUAUACAUUUCUACAGAACCCAGAAAUUUAGUAGGAAUAUUGAUUAUGACAAAUAACUAACAUGUCGUUUUGAAAAUUAAACUCAUUGAUUUUAAUUUAAAACAAAUCACAUUUCCCCUUAGCUUUAAAGAGAUUUUAUUCACCUGUGAGAUCUGGUCCUUUGAUGUUAUAUUUAAAAUAACCAAAAUUUUCAACCCCCCUUUUUUCAAAUAAAAAAAAAAAGUCUUCAGAAAAGUGAUUGUUUUGAAGUGUGCAGUGGCUGAUACUUGUAAAAUUAUUUGUCCUAUUUCUAAUGAAUUCUACUUUCUUGUAAAUUUUUUCUUUUGAGUUAUUUUCUCUGAUUCUCUUUUUCUAAAUCAUUUAAUUAAUGAGAAAAUUUGUCUAGAAUGUAUGUAUCAUACAAGGAUAACUCUAAAAUAUGAAUAUUUUGUAAUUGUGAGGAUGUUGUGCUUUAAUGUUUAUUAGAUAUGCCUGUUUCACUUGUGAUUCUUGCUGGGAAGAGGAGAAGAAAGAUUUUUUUUUAAAACACCCUAGGACAGAUAUCUGGGGUCUUUCUUGAGUUCUGAAUCUAGCUUUGUCACAAUCUAGCAGGGUAAUUUUGGGUGUGGUAAUUGUUUUUAGUGUGCUCAGCAUUUCAACUUCUUCACCAAUGAAUACUAAAACAAAGCUAGUACAGAACCCUUCUUAGAUCAAGAUGCUGUUAUUUCUCAAUAGAAAGUAAUUUUUCUCUCAGAUGAAACUCACAUUAAGACAAAUUAUCUUUUUUUUUUUGUAGGAUAUAAACCAUGAUGUGCCCUCCAUCUUUUAGGCUUUGGAAGAAAUUUUUUCUGAAUGGAGGUUGUUGGUGAGAGUUGUAGGUUGCUAAAUAAUUCUCAGCAAGUUACAUGGGAGCAUGAGACUUGCACGUUUUCUGGAAACUUAGAAUUAUUAGUCAAGUAAAUAUGGAGAAAAUGAAGGUUUUUGAAAGUGGAAGAGGGGUAAAUUUUAUGGCUUUUCAUAUUCAAUUUAAUCAAAUUGCUCAGCAGAAAUUUUAAAUUUUAUGAAAAAAGCAUACAAAUUGUUAAAUAUUCAAGGUAUUCAUCCUUUGUCUUCUUAUAUAAAUAUAACCGUGAUUUACACAAGAUAAGUGAUUCUACGUGGACAGAUGUUCUUACAACAAAAUUCUUAACUAUAAAAGAAUCCUCUAAUGACCAAUAGGUUUUCCAAUGUGUAUCUUGAACUUAAAAGAACAGGAUAAAUAAUGGAAAGCCAUAUGAAUGGCAUUGAAAACUACUAAUUUGAUGUAUAUUAAGUAACAAUGUUUUAACUUAGAACGUUAUGUGAUUACUUUUUUAAUAUUUAUUCUUAAGUUUUAGGUGGACACAAUAUCUUUAUUUUACAUUUAUGUGGUCCUGAGGAUUGAACCCAGUGCCUCGUGUAUGCUAGGCGAGUGCUGUACCACUGAGCCACAAUCCCAGCCCCAUUAUGUGAUUAUUAAUAUUGGUAAUUGGAAGAAGCUACUUAUAGUCUUUGAUUUUUGUAAUAUUUGUUCAUUCUGCAAAGAUAUGUCUGUAUCCUAUACUCAAACUAUUAUUGCUACAUACAUCAUAGUUAAUUUAUUAUCACUACAUUUUCUAUGACCUUUUGAGUAAAGAAAAUAAGAGGAUAUAGAAACAGCAAGGAAAUAUUUAUGCAUUGGAAGCAAUAUUUAUAUUUAGAUCUCUCAUUAGGUUUUGCUAAUCAUUUUCAUCAAACCACAACUUAAAAAUGGAUAUUACAAGUUAAGAAUUAUGCAUAUUUUGAAAGCACACAUAAUUGCCCAUGUUAAAAAAUAUAUUAGUUUUAAAUGCCUUGUAUUUUUGAGUAGAGUUCAAGAGGGUUUAAGGGCAUUGGUCAUCACUGGCCUUGUCAUUUUUACUAUCCACUUCAAUCCUUCCUAUUUAUUUGCUAAGUGAUUAGUAAUAUUUAUAUUUCGAUCCACCAAAGGCCUGUGACAUUACAACUAGUAGCUGCUUUACAUAUGUAUUCUUCACGUAUGUAAAUAAGUAUUUUCAAUCAGCUUUCAACAUAAACUUUGUGCUUAUAGUCUAAACAUAUUAGCAGCUUACAUUACAAAAUCUUUGUGGCAUGGCAUUUAGUAUUUUUUUAGAGAGUUGAUAAAGAUCAGUUUGUCACUACAGAAAAUAUUCAUCUUACCUUGGCCUAAGAAAACACAGAGAAAUAAUGUCCAGGGAGCUACACAAUCAGAAAAAAAUCAAGGAUUCAGGUUUUAAAUAGGUUACUGGUGCCAGGCUGCGUGGAUUGUGGGAGUCCAAUCAGGCUUCAUAUAUGGAUCUUUGGAACAAAUCUACAAAGAGGAGCACUGUGGAGGUUGCAAGAUAGAUGCACGUAGAAGUAAACAUGAUCAUUGACAAUGUUUAUGGAUGCAAUCAGAGCAACUGCGGCAAGCUUUGUAAAAUUUUAAACUGUUUUAGCUUAACUUUACUGUUGUUCUGUGCAAGUAUAUGCAGCUUUCUCAAUGAGAGGAGUUAACUAAGUCUGGAUCUGAUAUUUGUUGGAAAAACAUGAAAACAUGGGUAGGGAGCAAAAAACAACAGGAACAUUGGAACAGAAACAAACACAUAGCUUCCAUAUUUUUUUACUUAAAGCAUAUUUUCUCGUUGGCACAUCACCAAGCAAAAUGAAAGAACAAAUUCACAUGCUUUUUUCCAAGUAUCAAAAAGUAUUUAAAUAAUAUGAAUUACUAAACUUAAUGCAAUCCCAAGUUUUGAACAAGAAAUGAAUUCAAAUAUACCCAUAUUGCAUAUAUUAUUCUUUAGUAUUAUUUUUUCUUUAAGCAGAGGAUUUCUUAUGUUUGUAGUACACAAUAAGUAACUUGUAAAACAUGCAGUUUUCACAGGUCAUAGAACCACUCUUAUUCAAAUAAACACGUUUAGGUUUUCUAUACCUCUUUCUUGUGAAAUUGAGAUCUGCAAUGAAAUAUUUUUCUAAAACUCUAUUUUCAGAUUCAUCAUCCAUAAAUUUAAUAUUCAUUGGUAUUUUUAUUCCUUUCUUUUAGCAUUUGCCAUCUACUGUGCUAAGGCAUCUAUUAUUUUUUUCCCAAAAUUUACAGGUUUUCUUAUCUCCUGGAUUUCACCCAAUUUUUCUCAUCAAGAAUAUUUCCAGAACUAGAGACUGGAUAGUAAAACUAAUGACUUUGCUCUUAAUUAUCUUCCUGAAAAUGUAAGUUAGUAUGUUUCACAUAUUUAAAAGACUAUUUUUAUAUUAGUACAAAAUAUUUUCUAAGUUUCAGUGGUUUUAUUUUCCAUCCUCAUUACAUUUCUCAUCAAAUCACUUAAGAAAGACUGAAAAAUUCUUCCCUGCCCAUAGGUCUCAUUUAUACCUUGAAAAUGGUAAAGAUAAACCUUUAUGAUAUUCUUUGUGUUAUUUCUUUUAUUAAAAAAGUGAUGGCAUAAUCCCUACAAUUUCAAAAAUAUAUUUCAUAGAUUACAGUCAGAAUCAAUUUGGGGGGGUAAUAAAAUCUGUGAAGAUGAGAAGUGUUAAAAAAAGAACACUUUGGAUUAGCAAAAAAAAUUAAUUGAAUGAUGAUACCUAAUUAAAUCAAACAAAUCAAUUUGUUAAAUAGUAUUCACAGUAAUUAUUAUUAAGAACUUUAAUCUUCAAAGCAUUUUAUGCAAAACAGUUGAUUUUCAGCCAUCUGGUGAGGGCAGAAAGUAUCUCACCAAAGUCCAAAGGCCACAGAAACAGUAUGGAAUUCUCCCAUAGUUUCAUUAUUGUCCCUCUCCACAUCUCAAAAUACUUGGGAACUCACAUAAACAAACAGAGCGUUUCCUUUUACAUAGAGUUUGGCAGAUUUUUUCAUUCUUUAUAGAGCAUUUAUUUACCUUUAUUAAACUGCAUGACGGAGUUUGGGAAUAUUUGAAAAAUUAUUUAUGUAAAGAGAAAAUAGCUAUACAUCUGUAUCAACAUACUUGUUUACAUGGUGCUAGAAUAUGUAGAUGGUUCUAGAUUCUAACUAAAAUUCUGAGUUAUGUAGGGAAGGGGUACAAAACUAGAAUUUCUUAUGCCUUCUAUGUAUCAAAUGUAAGAAUACUGGUCUGUGUUAUAACUCAAGAUUUUUUAUCUCUUGAUUUUUAAGAUGAGACCAAUGUGUGUGCAUGUUCUCUUAGGGUCAGGACCAUUUGGAUUGGGAACCAGGAUGAUGAUGCAGGCAAGGUCUGAGAGAAGACUGAGAAGGAUCUUUUGGCUUUUGUAUCCUUAGGCUUAGAAGUCAAACAGUAAGAUAUAUACUGAGUGCUCACUAUACUAAGCACUUUAUUUAGACUAACAAAAGUAACUCUUGCAUCAAUUCUAUGAAGUAAUAGGUUCCAGAACUUGUCCAGCAUAGCAAUAGCUAAUUAACUGCUCACUAAAUAGUAAAGUUGAGAUUGUAACACAGGCAGUCAGACCUUGGAGAGAAAAAUUCAUCUUACAGAAAUGACAUUGUAAUCAUAAAUUCCAAGUCUUUCAAGACUUAUAAAAUUUCCUUAAGUUAAAAUAAUUAAAAUAAAUGUACCCUAUAAUAUUAAUGCAAAUAUUUGCUUUUUUCAUAGUAGAUCAGAACAUAGGGCAGAAGUUGAAAUCAUAACUUGUAUAAGUAGAACGUGUCCUGUUCCAGCAAUGGAAUUUUCCUUCACUUCUCUCAAGUUGAAAGUCAGCAGUAGAAUUAAAUUGGCAAAUGUAAUUCUAAGUAAGAAAUAAGUUUGACAUAUGAUCACUGGUAUCAAUAUUUUCUUUUCUAGUUGAACUUUAAUCUAAAGAGGUAAUGAAUAAUGGUAAAGGAAAGUAAGAUAUUAUCCAGAUUUUUUCUAUAAUUCAUUUUUAAUAUUAAGAUUUGGAUGAGACUCGAGAAAGGCUUUAUUUCAAAAUUUUAUUUUUUUUGACUCACUGAGUUUUAAUAUAGAUUAUUCAGAUCUUUUUAUUGGUUAUACUGAUGUUGGCUUCUAGUCCAAAUCACUAUUAAAAUAAAUGCAUCCUCCAAAUGAAAUGUUUGUGAUUAGAAGGGCAAUUUGUUUUCUUAUUUCCAAAUUUAAUGAGCUUGUUGUACAUAUAUUUGCUUAAGAGAUAUUAAGUAAUUUUCUCUAAUGAAAAAAAUGUUAAUUUCUAAACUGGCAUUUAUUUGUUCUACCCUUUGAUAUCUUUAAAGCAAAUGUCUUGAGAUAAGGAGGAAAAAAAUAAACAAAUGAGAUAUUACUACAUUAUACUCUGGGAUUCUCAGUCCAAAUCUUCUUGUUUUCACUUUGUUAAUAACAGGGUUGGAGGUAGCCAUGAAAAGAAACAUCCUGCUUCUUUCUUAACUGUGGAGGACCCCAGUGACACUGUCUACAGAUUUUGAUAGUUGGCUCACUUCCACCCUGGCUUCUACAUAAUCGCUGUGGUUUUACUUAAACAAGGUCAUGGACUUGUGUUGAUUGCUAAGACAUUUGGUCAAAGAACAAUUGACCUAAAAAUGCAACCUGUGGUCAUAGUUAUAACUAUGGGAGGAACAGGGAGAAAGGGGAAAGAAUAGCAGUUGCUUCCUCUUAAUGAUUUUUCUCUGUGUUGUGCCUUUUUAAUAAUUUUUGUUAGUUUACACAGUGUGUGUCAUGACCACUAAGAUUUUAAUGAAACAUUAGGAAGAAGUUUGAAAGCUUGCUAAAUUAUUGUUUUAAAUAAAUGAGGGCUCCCCUACCCAUCAACAAAUUUAGAGUAUCUGGUUUUGACCUGGAAGCCCAGGUCCCUGAGCACUUGCCUGUUUGGGAUGCAUCUUGAUUGGGUAAAGACAGGAUGAUCUGACCACUCUGUCAUUUAUGCAGAAUCACUGCCUGUUGAGUGACCAGAGGCUAAAAGAUCCACCCUGAUGCCUGAAUAAAGAGUAACCAUAAUAACUGAUUUUAAAAAAAAUUCCUUGCCAAAUAUUUAAUCUUUAUUAUCAGAUCAUUUAACUAUUUCUUUCCAUGGUCAGACUCUCAAUGAGUUAAGGAAAUUGGGCUUCCUGACUAAAAAAAACCUAAGGAUAAUUGUCGAUCACAAAGCUGUUGGUGUCACAGGCUCCUCAUCAAGUUUUACAACCAAAGUAUGAUAGAAAGGUUUUUAAUGAGGUCAUGAGUGAGCAAAUAGGAAGGAGAGCUAACUGACAAACCAUGCAAAAAUCACAAUAAAGAUUCAUUUUUAAUUCCAUGUCAAAGCAAGUUGGGUAGACAUUGAGUCUCUAAUGUUGGUAUAUUAUGUCCCAGCUCUGAAUCAUCAACUUACACAAAAUGCAAAUGUACUUUCAUUUAAAAUCAUGAUUAACCUAUUUCAGUUUUAGAAAAAUUAAUGUUGCAAAUUGCCUUUUGAUCUUGCAGGCAUGUCUUCAUGCUGUGAUUCUCAUGAUCUUUGUCAGUUAGGUUGACAUGUGCUGUUCGCUCACAUCCUUUGGUUCACUGCACUGGCAUCUUUAUUCAGGAAAUCUCCUUCCAUCUUAGGACCUAUUCACAGUAAAAGAAGAAGGAACACACACUUUGUUAGGAACAGAUUUUGCAAAUGAUGGCUAUCACAUUGAGAACUGGAAACCAAUUUAGAAUCAUUUCUCCCCUAAAACCUUCCAUUUGAUUUAUUGAAAGAGCAAUGACUUCUAGAAAUGCUUGGUACUCAGACAACACAAAUUACAAUAUGAAUAUUUAUGACAUAGGGAAAACUACAAAUUCUUUUUAUUCUAUGUUUUUGUCACUUUGUUUACACUAGUUGCUUCACUUUGUAUACUAGAAUAUAAAUUCCUGACUGUAACGCUGAUGUUACGAUGGGAAUUUAUUUUUGUAAAACCAUAAAUGCUUUUGCCACUGCAAUCAUAUUUGUGAGAACUUGGGGAUAUUAAAAAAAAUGCCUCUUCCUUUAGGGUUAAUUCCCUGGAAAUAAUUGAUAUAGGUGUGGACCACGGAAAAAAAUGAAAAAACCUCAUGCAAGAUAUUUUAAUACCAUUAUGCUAAGCAGUACUUGUACGCAAUUUUCAAAAUCUGAUUCAUGCUAAGCAGAUCUUGUUUUCUACUUAAACCAAGGUAUUGAAACAUGUAAUAUUGAAAUUUUGUAUGUACUGUUGACUUAUCACCUGAUGGCUAAAGAGAUGUGUGAAAAAAAUUUAAAUUUGUGACUUUAGGUUCAAUUCUGGAAAACUUGUGAUCAAAAUUCUUUGCAGUUGGGAAGUUUAUAGUGAUUAUCACUUUACUUAAGGUUUGUUCUCAAGAAAUAGUCAUUUAAAAAAGUGAAUUGGCAGGUGGAAGUUUCUAACCCAAUAGAAUUAUGGGUUUUAGCACAAUAAAUAUGCUAUAUUUCAUCAGGGAGGAUUAACUUUGAUUUUUUUCACACUUUAUUUAAAUGUGGAUAUUUUUUCAUGACACAGAAUAAAAUGUGCAUUUUAUGGAA